UACUAGGUUUUAAAAUAAUGCUAAAUUGUUAAUAACACGACAGCAAUAUGUCGAAGCAAGAGCAGAUCUCCUUUCAUCCCCAAAUUACCUACGAACUUCAAACGACCGAUCCCACUUGCUAUCAGAAAGUUACUCCCAGUUACGAUAAUUAUUUGAUGAAAGAUGAAUUAACUCCCGAUAACAGGAGUAAGAGGGAUUCGAUUUUUGGAAGUGAAACUUUUAUCAAUGCUCCUUAUUACACCUACGAGGCAUCACCGUGCGAUGCUAAUUAUAGAAAUAGUUUAUCCUUUGGUAAGAAUCUCGGUAGACCUACUCUUGAUGAACUGCAUAACCCUGUAGAAAAGGAACAGCUAUCAAAGAUCGGAAACGUAAUUACAAACGGAAAGAAAGACGAUAAGCAAUCCUCCAGUGGAGCUGUUAAAUUUGGAUGGGUGAGAGGAGUAUUUUUACGAUGUAUACUAAAUAUUUGGGGUGUGAUGCUAUUUUUGAGGAUGGGUUGGAUGACUGGACAAGCUGGAAUAGGUUUAUCCAUCGCUAUAGUAGGUCUAGCAACGGUGGUAACGCUCAUAACCACCAUGUCCAUGUCUGCCAUAUGUACCAACGGAGAAGUGAAAGGAGGCGGGGCUUAUUAUUUAAUAUCAAGAAGUUUGGGACCCGAAUUUGGAGGUGCAGUUGGUGUGAUAUUUUCUUUUGCAAACAGCAUAGCCGUGGCCAUGUAUAUUGUGGGUGCGGCAGAGACAAUCGGCGAUAUUUUAAAGAUAUACAAUGUUGGUAUUGUCUCGGUUCCUAGCGGUCUUAACGAUAUGAGAAUUUCGGGAAUUGGAAUUCUAUUUCUGAUAACUGGUGUAACUGGUAUUGGUAUGGCGUUCGAGAAUAAGGCACAGAUACUUUUAUUAAUUCUACUUCUGGUAGCGAUGUUUGAUUACCUUGUGGGUGCAUGCUUUACACCAAGACCAGAUCAAAUUGUCAAGGGAUUUACCGGAUGGCAAUGGAGAAACGGUCGAGAUAAUUUCGGACCCGACUUCAGAGGAGAGAACUUUUUUAGUGUAUUUGCUGUAUUUUUUCCUUCCGUGAUUGGAAUUUUAGCCGGAGCGAAUAUUUCUGGAGACUUAAAGAAUCCAUCGAGUGCUCUUCCUAAGGGUACUUUCUUAGCUAUAAUAACAACGUCGUUCAGUUAUGUAGUCAUUAUUCUUUGGCUCGGCUUUACUCUAAUACGUGAUGCUACUGGAAAUAUUGAUGAUCUACCUAAUGAAGAAUAUCGAAAUUGCAAACAUCGCACUUGCUCACAAGGAAUGAUGAAUUAUAAUCAGGUGAUGGAAAUGUCAGCUGCUUAUGGGCCACUGAUUUAUAUUGGAACAUUUUCAGCAACUUUAUCAUCAGCAUUGGCUGCUAUGAUUAGUGCUCCAAGAUUAUUUCAAGCUUUAUGCAAAGAUGACAUCUUUCCCUAUUUGAAAUUAUUCAGUAAAGGCUAUGGUCCUAAUAAUGAUCCCAGAAGGGCAUCUGCUCUUGCUUUUGUGAUAGCUGCAGUCUUCAUUUCUAUAGGAGAAUUGAACACCAUAGCUCCUUAUAUCUCAAAUUUUUAUAUGGCAACCUACUGUCUCAUCAACUUUGCUUGUUUCCAUGCAUCACUUGUAAAGUCUCCAGUUUAUUGUAGGCCAUCCAUUUUAGUUUUAACUGGGAAUGCUUAUAGUAGGCCUAGUUUGGUUGAUUUUGCAAAUGAUUUAUCAAAGCAUGUUGGCUUGUUGAUUUGUGGCCAUGUUAUACAGGAUCAUAUAUCUCAUUCAGUUAGGACUUUAAUAUCUGAUUUUAAUUACAAAUGGCUAAAUGAAAGGAAAGUGAAAGCAUUCUAUUGUCAUGUAGAAGAUGAACAUAUAUCCAAAGGCAUUUUUUCAUUAAUUCAGAUUUCCGGUUUAGGUAAAUUACGCCCUAACACAAUAUUAAUGGGUUUUAAGUCUGAUUGGCAAAGUGCGGAUCCAAAAGAAAUUCAAGAUUAUUUGCAAAUUAUCCAGUCUAAUAUUUUUUCAAAAUCAGGUAUUUCCAAUCCUGAAAUGGUUGCUAAAGAUGAUCCUGAUAAUAUCUCAACUUCUGCUUCUAUAAAAAUAACCAUUUCAAAUGAAGAAGGAUCAGAAAUUAACUUAGAAGAACCAAAACAAAACAUUGAAAUACCUGCUGAAAAAAUGAAUUUUUCUGAAAUUCCAAAAGAAAUUAUGAACAAAAUCAAUCAAUUUCGAAAAAAGCAGGCUAAAGGAACUAUUGAUGUUUGGUGGCUGUACGAUGAUGGAGGUUUGACAAUUCUGAUGCCUUAUUUAUUAACAACACGAUCUCAAUGGAGUGAUUGCACCUUAAGAGUUUUUACAGUAACGCAUUGUGAUAUGAACUUAGACCAAGAACAAGUAAACAUGGCUGCUUUACUUAAAAAAUUUCGUAUUGAUGUUUCGGCCGUUACCAUGCUUUCCGACAUUACAAAUCCUCCUUCAGUAGAAAGUAAGAAUAAAUUUAAAUCACUCAUUUCAAAGUGGUUUGUAAAUGAAAAUGAUUCCACUGACAUUUGUGUGAUUACUAAGUCUGAUCUGUCAGCUUAUAAACAAAAGACAUACAGAUAUAUUCGUCUCAGAGAAUUACUUGAAAAGCACUCAGCAUCAGCCACAUUGAUUGUCAUGACACUUCCAAUACUUAGAAGAGGUGGAUUUCCCGAACCACUAUAUCUNAAAAAAUAA